UGUUGGUGUUCAAGCUUAGUAGAGUUUUGAAUCUACUCAUCCCUUUUUCAAUGAUUUCCAGCAUCAAUUUGGAUUUUUCUGCAUCAUUCUAUCAGAAGACUGAAGCAAGGCAAUCUCACUCUCCUUCUGCCAUUGUCAUUGGUGGUGGAUUUGCAGGGAUUGCAGCUGCUCAUGCACUGAAAAAUGCAGCUUUUCAGGUUGUGCUUUUAGAAUCUCAGGAUAGAAUUGGUGGUCGAGUUCACACUAACUACUCAUUUGGUUUUCCUGUUGACAUGGGAGCAGCCUGGUUGCAUGGUGUCUGCAACGAGAAUCCAUUGGCAUCUUGGAUUGGAAGACUUGGUCUACCAAUUUAUUGAAC